AUGCUGCCACUCUUCCUGGGUCCCACUUCCACCUCUGGGCCUGAGUGCCCUGAGCUGGGCAGGCUGUUGAGGGUUGGCCUGUGGAUACCAGUGGUCUCCCAGACAGGGCCCAGGGAAGGUGUGCUGUAUGGGGAGCUCCCUACUGGGGAAAGCAAACAGGCACAUGAGAAUUACCAACUCAAGGUAGACUGGAACACCAAGCUGCUGCCAGCUUUGGACUUCUGUGACCAUAGAGCUAGCGUGCCCUUCCCUGACCCCCUCUCAACCAAGGCCACCAAGAUCCAAACAAGACUUGGAGUGGGCUCUGAUAGCUGGAACCUUUGGCUCCUCACAGUGCCCACACUCCUUCACAAAGCCGCGGCGGGGUCGGGGGCUGAGCUGCCGGCGCCGCGAGCCUGGCGAGCUUCCCAGCACGGGAGGAGGGAGGGGGCGGCGCCGGGCGGGGCGGAGCUUCGGCGCCUCCGGGAGCCUUAUUCCCGGCCGCGCGCCGGGCAGCGCUCAUUUCGCCGAAGGAACUACGGUGUCCGCGCUUCUAGCCGGCCUGACCUAGGCGCGCGGGGUCGGGCGAACGCGCGGGCGGGCAGAGUGAGCAAGACAGACACGAAACGAGAGCGUGCUGCGCGCGGGUCGCGGCCAGGCGUGCACGCAGAGGCGGGCGGCGGACGGUGCCCGGCGGAAUCUCCUGAGCUCCGCCGCCCAGCUCGGGUGCCAGCGCCCAGUGGCCGCCGCCUCCAAAGUGAUUGGUGCCUCGCCGCCUCCACUCGGUGCGGGACCAUGAAGCUGCCGCCGUCGGUGGUGCUGAAGCUCUUUCUGGCUGCAGUUCUCUCGGCGCUGGUGACUGGCGAGAGCCUGGAGCGGCUUCGGAGAGGGCUGGCUGCUGGAACCAGCAACCCGGACCCUCCCACUGGAUCCACGGACCAGCUGCUACCCCUAGGAGGCGGCCGGGACUGGAAAGUCCGUGACUUGCAAGAGGCAGAUCUGGACCUUUUGAGAGGUGGGUGUGGAGGCCGUCCAUCCUCGGAUCCCGGUGGGCUGUUGAAGAAUAAGCAGAUCCAAGAUUCUUGCUGUUUGGCCAAUACUGUGGGUUGGGGAUAUUCAUGGAGAACCUCGGGGAAAAGCUGAUGGGCCUGACGGACACUGGGGGAUACUGGAAUAUAGGUCCCACUCUCUGUCUUGCUAUUGCCUGGCCUGCUAGGUUGCUGCCCUUCUGGGUACUUUAGGGCAAAUUGAAAAAGGCAAGUUGUUUGAGUUUGUUACAUUCUUCUUAGGUAAGCUGGGAGAUAGGAACGAGGAAUGGUUGAGAUGCUUUCCCUAGAGUUACUAUGUCAAAAUGAGUGCCAAUUCUAAUUCCCUCAUCAAAUGACUAUUAUGUAUAAAACAGAGGUAACCGAUGAGGAGAUGCCCAGGCACAUCUAUAGAAAAUGUGCAGUGUUAGCCUCCUCCAUCCACCUGUCACCAGAUUGGGGAAACAGAGGGGAAUGAAGAGCUCUUGGCUGCCCUAGGUGAGGUGGUGAAUGGUGAGCACUGGGCCCCUAGGGGGCUAUAUUAAAAUGCU